AUGAAGAAGUUCCUGCUGACUGCUGCUCUUUCGACCCUCUACGUGGCUGCUGCUGUUGCGAGACCCCCCCGCAACGCAGAGCCAUACCAAAGUCGCGAGGAUCCUGCCGCCGGGGACUCCCAGGACCCCUCUGUCUACAACGACCAGUGCCGCGAGCGCCAUAACUACUACAGGACGAAGCACGGCGUGCCUGAACUGAAGAACGAUGACGAUCUUCGCCUGUUGGCGCAAGACUGGGCAGAUCACCUCGCCGCACAACCAGAGGGAACAAAGCUUCAACACCGUCCAGAUAACCAAUACGGCGAGAACAUCUACACUGCAGCGUCCUCCAGCCCCAGCUUCAUACUCGAUGCACAAACUCCCGUCGAUUCCUGGUACAGCGAGAUCAAGGACUACGACUACGCCAAUCCGGGCUCCUCGUCAAAAGCGACACACUUCACCCAGGUCGUCUGGAAGUCCACCACAAACCUCGGAUGCGCCAGAAGCAAAGCGGCUUCCCGAAAUGCAUACUUCGUCGUCUGUAACUACGACCCCUCGGGAAACUAUGCGGGGCAAUAUGAGCAGAACGUGCUCCCAGUGGCUUCCGAAUGA